CGCCGCGUCGGUAUCUGCUCUUAACGCCGGCGUCGUCUUUGUCGCUUGUCUCCGACUUCUUCCGUACUCAUCUCGAAACAAAAAACCGAAACGACCGCUCGGCUCCACGCGCGCGUAUUUAAUCUUGUUUCCAUUUAUUCUUUUCUUUUUUUCGCCCGCUUGUCGAAACGAUAUCUUUUUUCCCUUCCCCUUCGCCGCGUAUCGCGUUCGACGUGCGGGGUUCCGAGUGGAAUUCGCUUUCCCAGCUCCCGACUGGAACGAAAAAAAAAAAGUGCGGGGUCUUCCGCGGUCACUUGUAAUCUGUUAAAAUCAAACGAAAACAUCCAAACACGACGUCAUGGCUGCAAAUAUUGAAAUUCAACUUAUCUGUUCACUGGGAAAGUUGAAGAGAUUCAACUUCAAGCAGCCGCAUUAAACGUACGGAAGUGAAAUGCCAUCUAAUGACUGCGAAAAAAAUGAACUGUAAGAUUGUGUGAAUACAGUGUUGGAAGAUCCCGAAGACCGCAGCACACAUUGCGCCAUGAAGACAUCAGUGUUGGGAAUGUAUUACUUGAUCAUCGCCACGUGCGUCAGCCAUUGUGUUGGAUCCAAAGAGCGGGACGCGUGGUACGACGAGGCGCGCGAGGCGCUGCGCCGGCGGCUGCUGCAGCACGAGGGCGCACGGCCGCACGCCAAGAACGUGAUCCUGGCGGUGGGCGACGGCAUGGGAGUGGCCACGGUGACGGCGGCGCGGAUCCUGCGCGGGCAGCGCCUGGGGCGGCCGGGCGAGGAGCAGGAGCUGGCCUGGGACCGCUUCCCGACCGUGGCGCUGGCCAGGACGUACAACGCCGACGCGCAGAUCGGCGAGUCGUCGGCGUGCGCUACGGCGCUGCUGUGCGGCGUCAAGGCCAACUUCGAGACGGUGGGGCUGGACUCGCGCGGGAAGUUCGAGAACUGCUUCUCCAGCCUGACGUCGCGCGUGCCGUCCGUGUUCGACUGGGCGCAGCAGGCAGGCAAGGCGACCGGCGUGGUGACCAACACGCGCAUCACGCACGCCACCCCGGCGGCGCUGUACGGCCACGCGCCCUCGCGCUACUGGGAGGACGACGGCAAGAUGCCGCCGGCGGCGCGCAAGACCUGCAAGGACCUCACGCGCCAGCUGGUCGAGGACGACCCCGGCCGCAACAUCAACGUGCUGCUGGGGGGCGGGCGCCGCCAUUGGCUGCCCAAGGUGGCGCGCGACCCGGAGAUGACCAACGAGGAGGGCCGUCGCCUGGACGGCCGCAACCUCAUCGACGAUUGGCUGCGCGACAAGAAGCGGCGCGGCGUGCGCGCCGAGUACGUGUGGAGCAAGGAGCAGCUGGAGCAAGUGAACACGCGCUCCGUGGAGCAGCUUUUGGGUCUGUUCGCCUACUCGCACAUGGAGUUCGAGGCGGACAGAAACCCGGGGCCAGAAGGUGACCCGUCCCUCACCGAGAUGACGCGGAUAGCCCUGCACAUGCUUCUUAAGAACCCGAGAGGAUUCUUCCUUUUCAUCGAGGGCGGGCGCAUCGACCACGCGCACCACUACAACAACGCGUACCGCGCGCUGGACGAGACCCUGGCGCUGGAGGCGGCGCUGCUGGCGGCGCUGUCCAUGGUGAACCCGGCCGAGACGCUGGUCGUGCUCACCGCCGACCACUCGCACGUCAUGACCAUGGGCGGCCUGGCCACGCCGCGCGGCAACCCCAUCCUGGGGGUGGACAGCAAGCCGUCGGACGUGGACGGGCUGCCCUACUCGACGCUGCUGUACGGCAACGGGCCGGGCCACGCGCAGCCGCGCGCCGCGCCCUCCAACUACAGCUCGGAGGCGGAGGAGAAGAACUCGGUGCACGGGUCGGCGGUGCCGCGCCAGUGGGCCACGCACGGCGGCGAGGACGUGCCGGUGUACGCGCAGGGACCGCUCGCCUCCGUGCUGUUCACCGGCACGUUCGACCAGAGCUACAUCCCGCACGCCAUCGCCUACGCGGCGUGCCUGGGCGAGCACGCGCAGCGCUGCAGCGGCGGCGGCGCCGACAACUACUCGCUGCCGGCGCACUGCGGCGUCGCGGCGGCGGCGGGGGCGGCGCCCGAGCCCAGCGGCGUGGCGUCCGCGGGCGCCGGCGGCGGCGGGCCGGCCGUGGUCGUGGUGGCCAGCAGCGUCAUGGCCGACGACGGCCAGCAGGUGGCGAGGGCCGGCGCGACCUGGUGGGCCGCCGCCGCCUCGACGUCGUCUCCGGUGGCUCUGCUGCUGUACUACUGCCUGGCCGUCACCUAA